GGUCAUCUGCUCCACUUCUCUUCUGACUGUUAUGAAGUUUCAUCAUCUUCUUUCAAAACCUUUUCAGCUACUCUCAUCAUCUGUAUAAAUGUCUCAAAUCACAUGUUAUUGUCCAUUAAAUUAUUUCUCUUUUUGCCUGCAGGGAUUUGUUGACAGAGAAACUACUCUUAUUGGAACAUUGACAGUCCGUGAAUUCCUCUACUACUCAGCAUAUAAAACAGUAAGCUGUCUUUCUUAGAUUUGGUUGCAAGAUUAUUGAUUUGUUAUAUGACUUGCAUAUUUCAGAAUUUUUACUGGAUAAGAUUAGGGACAUUCUUUUUAUACUGCUUCACGUUUGUGGAUUCUUUGCUUAAAUUUUUUUUUGUCUUCCAUAUUUAGUAAAUACAAUGGUCGAUGAAGGGUCUAAACUUGAUCGGUUCAAACUUAAUAUUCUCACCUUUGUAUGCAAUGCAACUUAUCAUUUAUGGGAUGAGAUUUUAGUAUUUGUUAAAACCUAAUUGAUUCUUUCACUUGCAUAAAAAGUGCUGGUUAUGUUGAAGCUGUUUCUACAUUAUAUACGCCUCUGAAUAACUAUGUGCAAUUGCCUGCCGAUGUUACUGUUAAUUUUGUUAUUUUCUGUUAGUAAAAAUGUUACUGAUAAAGCCCUAGGAUGAGUCAUCGAAUACAUCUCCUUCCUUCAUUAAACUUCUGCAAAAACAAGAAAAGCAAGUCAAAAACCUCACCAACAAUCGCGCUAAGCAGGACGAAUAUCAAGAUUCAGAGUCAGUGUAUUCUGCUUUUUAUAAUUUUCUACUUCUAUACGAUGUAAGGGGUGAAAUGAAGUGUUACCAGAUGAAUGCAAAUAAGAAUAUGUUGUUGAUGAAAAAACCAUUAACUGUAGAAAUAUUUGAUGAUUGAUAUAUAGGUGUUAUAAAUGUGUUUAACUUAAAGAAACUUGUAUCUUUUUUUUUGAGUUGAACAUGUAGGAGAAAUCAUUAUUUGUUUACUUCAUUUUGAGAGAAGCAUUGUUUUGUCAGAAAGCAAAGUAUUGUUGGCAAAGAAAAACUAAUGUAUGUAUUAAUUACUUUUAUGAGAAUAUAGGAAUAUUUUACAACAAUAUUUGUGUAUCUGCAAAAGAAUAUAAACCACCUUAGACUGAAAUUUACCUUUGCCAAUAUAUCGGGAAGACUUGAAAUAACGAUAAAAUUGUUCAUGUUCUAAUACUGUUAGCAGGUUUGUUGCUAUUGGAAACGCAAGAAUAGUACAUCCUAGAUACUACAACAAUACAAUGACAAGUCUAGAAGAGCUCGAGAACCAGUGCCUACCAAUUAGCAAGUUGAAGAAAUAUGCAACAGAAUGGGUUAUUAAAGUCUUAGUCAUUCGUCGGAGUUUAACAAAAGAGUAUAAAAAUACAAAUGGUGAAGGUAUUCGUUGGCAACUGAUAUUAGUCGAUGAAGAGGGUACAAAAAUACAAACCACUCUUUUCAACAAAGAUGUUCAUGCAUGGAAUAAGUCUUUUCAACUUAAUCAAAGUUACUACAUUAUAAAUGGAAAAUUAAAUCGACCUAAACCAAACUUCUUAUCCGUACAUAAGGAGCUCGAACUAGCAUUUAUGAACAACACCGAGGUCGUUGAGGACAAAAGUCAUUUUAAGACUGAUCAAUUUUCAAAUGGAUUUAUUACAUUUGAUGAAGCUGAAAAAAUCACUAAUGGAAGUUUGUUUGAUGUGGUGUGUAUUUUACUCACAGUAAAAGCACUAACUGGAGAAGGACGAAGCAUUAGACGCGAAGUAAUCGUUACAAACGAAAGGUAA